CCGCGUUACUAUGGAGACGGAGCUGCGAGUGACAGCGGCCUGAUCCUCGCUGGGGCCGGGCCCUGGGAGGGCCCCGCGGGGCGCAACCCAGAGCCGCAUGGCUCUUGUCAUGGAAAUAUUUGUCUACAAGAAAGAUGUAACCGUACUUGCAACUGGCUUUUAAUCACAGAUAAACAAGAAAGCUUCAGACCCAAGAAUCCAGGAUCCUGAUUACCUGGUUUCAUGAAAUAAGUGAGUGGGUACUUGUGAUCUGCUGUGAAGUAGCUGAGGUACGGAAAAACCCAGGGAUAGUAAACAAAUUCUUUUACACAGGGAAGAGGAAUGAAUGGGAGAGUACCUCUAGCUGAGAAAGCUUUGUCUGAGGGCUAUGCCCGGCUUCGUUACAGAGACACCUCCUUGCUUAUCUGGCAGCAACAGCAGCAAAAGUUGGAAUCUGGACCCCCUGGGACUUAUUUGAGUAGGAGCCGGAGCAUGUGGUACUCACAGUAUGGAAAUGAGGCCAUAUUAGUAAGAGACAAAAACAAACUUGAAGUCUCUCGGGACACUGGACAAUCAAAAUUUUGCACAAUUAUGUAAUUUUCAUGUGAACACAAUUUUUGAAUCCAAACAUCAAGAAUUAGCCAAGACUGGACUUGGCUAGGUUAUUUAUUUCUCAUCAUUCCUGAGAUGAUUUUUUUUUUUUUUUUAACAUUAAGCCCCUCAAGGGUCAAUUUUUCAAACAUCAAGUGUUAUAUGGAAGAGACGAAGCAUGAAGUGGAUUUCUAUAUUCUGAAGACAAUUUAGUUCUAAUUGUAAAUAAAACAAUUACUGCUGCCCAUUGGCUACAUUUAGGCUAUCCCAUGUAAUGAAAAACUUGAGAGGUACUGUUGCUUGACAAGGAUUUGGUCACCUCAUGAUCUUGUUAACUGUGUAUAAUAAUUUGCUCUGCUUCUAAAUGGAUCGAUGUAAAAUGCCCAUUUACAGCCAAAAAAAACAAAACAAAAACCUUGAAGGGGCAUGUUUGUGGGAUUUUGUUGUAUUUUUUUUUAAGUGCAAACUUCUGCCUACUAAAUAAGAGUACUGAUGUCAAAAACAACAGAUUUCAUUUCACAUGCAGUACAACCAAUAGCUAGAUAAUAGAAGUUUAUAUUUGUAGUUGAAUUUCAACGUAUAUCACCAUAAUUCCAUUAGGAAUUUGGUUACCCUAGUUAUUUCUAACUUGUGGUUGAGAUUGUUCACGUUUUAUUUAACAAAAUAUGUAUUAUGUUGUGGCAUGUCAUGCAUUUAAGGCUUGUCCACAAGGAUAUUCAUAGUAGCAUUAAGGAAACAGAUCAUUUUCAAACACUAUGAUAGACUCAAAGAGUUAAUCAUUUGAGUGGCUAAACAAGGUAGGUUUGCAACUUCUUUGACAGUGUUUCAAUAUAUAUCCUCUUGCCUACUGUUGCAUUCCGCCAUCAUUUACAAUAUUUAAUGUAUUUUUGGUUCUGUGUUUUGCAUACAUACUGAUAUGGAUAUCCUAAAUUGGUGGUUUCUGUAAUCAGUCAUUUUAUAUGGAUUUGCUGUCUGCUGUAAUUAAAGUCUUCUUGGCUACAUAAA